UGCAUGGGCCAGGCGUCUGGACACGGGCCAAGAAGCCGAAGCCUGUUGAAGCCACACACUCCACUCUUGGACUGACACCAGAGGCCACCCAGCCCUGCCAGGCCAUACGGCCUCUCGCUCGCCUGAUGUAUGAGGCCUCCUGCGGGCACCUGAGGACCAGACCCACCCCUGGGGACCUGGGCGCUGCCCGGCGCGGCUAGCGGGGGCCCUUGGCCAUGGCCAGCACAGCCGUCCAGCUCCUGGGCUUCCUGCUUAGCUUCCUGGGCAUGGUGGGAACGCUCAUCACCACUAUCCUGCCUCACUGGCGGAGGACGGCCCACGUGGGUACCAACAUCCUGACUGCCGUGUCCUACCUGAAGGGGCUGUGGAUGGAGUGCGUGUGGCACAGCACGGGCAUCUACCAGUGCCAGAUCUACCGCUCACUGCUGGCGCUGCCCCGGGACCUGCAAGCUGCCCGGGCACUCAUGGUCAUCUCCUGCCUGCUGUCGGGCAUGGCCUCCGCCUGCGCUGUGGUGGGCAUGAAGUGCACUCGCUGUGCCAAGGGCACACCCGCCAAGACCACCUUCGCGGUGCUGGGGGGCGCGCUCUUCCUGCUGGCCGGCCUGCUGUGCCUGGUGGCCGUGUCCUGGACCACGAACGAUGUGGUGCAGAAUUUCUACAACCCGCUGCUGCCCAGCGGCAUGAAGUUCGAGAUCGGCCAGGCCCUGUACCUGGGCUUCAUCUCCUCCUCCCUGUCUCUCAUCGGGGGCACCCUACUCUGCUUGUCCUGCCAGGAUGAGGCCCCCUACAGGCCCUACCAGGCCCAGUCCAGGCCUGGGGCCACCACCACGGCCACCGCCCCUGCCUACCGCCCACCAGCAGCCUACAAGGACAACCACGCCCCCUCGGUGACCUCAGCCUCGCACAGUGGGUACAGGUUGAACGAUUAUGUGUGAGUUCCUUCCCCGGGCCUCUGCCAGGGCUGCUGGCCCCGAGGGACCGCUGACGGAUGCAGGGGGAACGCAGGGACCCACGUGCAUGUGUGGAAGUGAGCCCAGAACACAGGGAAGGGUGCUCUUCAAAGCAAAGACUUCUCAAAAGUGCUGGUUUUGUAUUUAUUCUAUGUAUUUAUGUGAGUGGUCUAAUAAGAGAUCAAUAAAGAGUGGCCCGGAAGCUUGGCCCACGGGGUUGGUUUGCCGCCCAGGGUCUGUGAGGUGGACAGCAGCAGGUCCUGCAUCAGGCAUGGAAAAUCUCAUCUGAGCCCCAGGGAGUUGGAGUGUCCUGGCUGUGCAGCCACACUCAGGAUGAGGACCCCUGAGCCGGACACUGAAGCACUAGCAUCCACUAGUGCAUGAUGGGAAAAUCAUAGAAAGCCGGUUGCUGUGCCCCACCCACCCCACCCCCACAGGAAGUCACAGAAGCCUCUAGCAAAAGUAAAGAGGUUGCUGUC